CAUCUGGCCGGUCACAUGACUUGCCAGCAUCAGGGGGCACGGGGCACGGGGGGGCAGGCCGGGCACGGGGCAGAAGGCACGGGGCAAGGGGGCCACGGAGGGCAGCAGCAGGGCCAGAGGCUGCAGCAGGGCGCCGUGAUGCUGCUAUCGUUCUCCCGCCCUGCAACUGCCACCUACUCCACGUGGACCAGCAGGGCGCCUCGAACGGUUGCCAGGACUCCGGAUCCCGUGAGGAUGGACUGCGAAGACAGCGGUGGAGGAACAGGGGACACAUCCACAUACCAGGUCUUAGCCGCCCAGGACUCGUACCCAAAACAAAUCUGCCAGUUUGACGAACCCUCGCUGUCCAUCCCCUUCAUCCCUCUGAGCGGGGAGUACGCCCAGUUCGUGGGGCGCACCUCCGAGGGACUGAUCGCCCACUCCAACUACCGUGUGUUCCUCCAGCAGCGCGAUGCCACCUACCACAUCCCACUGGGCGUCAUCGAGGUGGUGGAGUGUCGGGAAAUAUUCUUCCUCUACCUCCUCUGUAAAGACACCAAGUCAUACAAGUGUACGUUCCCUACCACUGAACAAUGUGCAGAGUGGCAGAGGCGUCUCACCAAGGCUCUGUCCCUCCCCCAACGACUGGAAAAUGUCUUUGCCUUCGCCUUCUAUAUGUGGAACAUGGAAGAGUCUCGGGAGCUCCACAAUGCCCUCAUUGAACCGGAAGGACAGCAGUCGUAUGCGAUGCGGGCUGAAAAGAUGUUUGACGAGGAGGUACGACGGCUUGGCUUUGAUCUGGGUGGGGCGUGGCGGAUCUCCAUGGCAAACAUCGACUACCAGCUCUGUCCCACGUACCCCAAGAAGCUCGUGGUCCCGGCAUCCAUCAACGACAAUGUGUUAGACUUUGUGGCGCGGUUCAGGGCGGCGCGAAGGAUCCCAGCGGUGGUGUGGAGGCACUCAAACGGAGCCGUCAUCGCGCGGUGUAGCCAGCCUGAGGUCGGGUGGUUGGGGUGGCGAUCAAGCGAGGACGAGGACUUAGUAAAGGCCGUCUCUGAGGCAUGUGCGUAUGACAGCCCCAUCUCCUCAUCCAAUGGCAUAGCCACCGCAGCCGCCCAACUGCUGCCGCCCAGUGACAGCGAUAAGGAGGCUGUCACUCCAUCGUCUGACAUCCCUUCCCUCUGUGAUCUGCCGGAAGCGAAGGCCCAGGCAGACAUUAAGAAAGUCUUGAUCGUCGACGCCAGGUCCUAUGCCACAGCCGUCGCCAACCGGGCCCGAGGUGGAGGGUGCGAGUGCCCAGAGUACUACCCUCAGUGCGAGAUCCAGUUCAUGAACCUCGCCAACAUCCACACCAUCCGCAAGUCUCACCACGGACUGCGCCAGCUGGCAUCCUCCUCACCAGACAUCCCCAACUGGCUGUCGUUGCUGGAGAACUCUCGGUGGCUUGGACAUCUCUCGGGGCUGUUCAAGGCUGCCGUAACGAUAGUGCAAGCGGUGGAGAGGGAGGCAAGGCCCGUCCUCGUCCAUUGCUCCGAUGGGUGGGACCGAACACCCCAACUGACGGCUCUCUCUCAGCUCCUCCUUGACCCUUACUACAGGACGAUACAUGGUUUCGUGGUGCUUAUUGAACGUGAGUGGGUAGAGUUCGGCCACAAGUUCAGUGACCGCUGUGGGAUUGGCCGUUGCUGCGAGGACGUCAACGAGAGGUGUCCGGUGUUUCUGCAGUGGCUAGAUUGUGUGCACCACCUUCUCUACUGGUAUCCAACGGCAUUCCAGUUCAAUCAGGCCUUUCUGGUCAAGCUAGCGCAGCAUGUGUACAGCAACCUCUUUGGCACCUUCCUGUGUAACUCCUCCCAAGAGCGCGUUCAGGCGGACAUUGGCGACCGGUCCUACUCCGUCUGGGCCUUUCUCAAAGUGAACAGCCAGCGCUACACCAACUACCUCUACGUCCCCACCCAGCAGGUCCUCUACCCCUCGUGCCACGUCAAGGACCUCCGCCUGUGGACCUCGGUGUACAUGCCGGAGAUGGGGGAGGUGACGGCCGAUACCACCACCAGCGCCCACCCCAGCGUUGACGAUGAUGAGGAUGAAGAGGAGGAGAUUGCCAGCUCUGGAGGGGAGUUAGUCAAGACCAAGUCCUAUGAUGACCUCCUGGCUGGCACGUCUCCGCCCCCACACCAACCCUUGCGGCGCUCCUCGGACCCUAACAUUAGAGAAAGCGGCCCCAACAUGGCGAUGCUCAACUCGGCCCUCGGCGCAGAGCUGGGCAACGAGGAAUCAGAAACAGCUGCCGAGAACGCAAGCGAGGACGCGGCAAGUGAGGACUUUGACGCUUAUGAGGACUCCACCAGUGAGCCUAUAGGAGAGCGCCAGAACGAUGAGUCCGAGUCGUUAACACUGUGCGAACCAUCUGUCUUGGAGUCUGAAAUCCACAGGUGUGUGAGUGUGGUGCAAAACGAGCCCUGUGAUAUCGGUGUGGAGAGUGGCGAGGAGGCAAGUGAGUUGCUGGGACAGGAGUGCGUGGAGCUGCAGGAGAAGUGCAUCAUUAAGGUGACGGACUCCAAGAGAGACACGAACGCUGACCGCCUCUACGCACGGAAAGGCGCAAGCGGUGAACGGCAGUUUAAGUCCCUGGCCGAGCAAUCCAUAGAGGGCUCCACAGACACCCUAGUGGCGGAGAUCGGCAUCAUAGCCACUGAGGAAAAAGUGUACCAGAACAGGGAGGGCGAGAACGUUCCCAUGUUGAACCGGGACGCGGGACAGAACAGCUCUAAGUCCAUCUUGCAGGGGAAGUGUUGUCCUUUUAUGAACGGCGCCGUGGGGGAGGAGAACGAGGUGUGCGUGCCCGCCAACAACCGCAAGGGGCAGAAGCAGUCCGUGUCCUCCAAUCCUGAGAGCUCCACCGAGGACAGAACCGAGAAGAGAACUGUGAACGGGAUCUCCAACAUGAGCUCCGUCAUGCACAGCGUCGCGGCAUCCGGCUGCAACAUUUGUCUCCAGAGCAAGAAGCUGCUGGACGAGACGAGCACCGGGGACUCAUGGCGCAGCGCGGGGCUCAUGAACGAAGGGUCUGUUGGGGGCGGGACUGGGCGGGGCGUCACCACAGGACCAGGCAGUCGGGUGUCCCUGUACUCCACCCCAAUGCACUCCCGGACACCAUCCUCCUGCAUACCUUCAACCCCGUGUGAAGACAGGUUUGGUGGGGGUGACAGCAGCAGAGGCAACAACUACGCCACCAUAGACGGGCUGCAUAAUGUUAGUGAUGAGGUGACCAAGAGGCUGCAUCAGAUUAUUUUGACGCACCAGUCUGAAAAAGAAUCUCUAAAGAGAGACUUGCAGGCCACCAGACAAGCGCUCUACAACCAGAUUCAACACAACCGCUGCCACACCCACCACCACGACGGCACCGAAGACCAGAUGUCCCUGCCCGAGAGUGUUGGCUCCGGCUCUGGAGGCUCUGUGGGUCAGGAGUCUGGGGUGUCAGACACUUCCUGGGAGGCUGUGGAGGAGGGUGAGGCCCGGCCAACGCUGUGGGUGCCCGACCAUGCGGUGGACGCCUGCACGGGAUGUAACACGCAGUUCUGGAUAGGCCGGCGAAAGCACCACUGCAGGUUAGUUGCCAGGAGCUGUGGUAAAAUAUUUUGUUCAGAAUGCUCGGAGCACAGCAUUCCCAUCCCUCGGGAGCAGCUGUACCAGCCAGUGAGGGUGUGUGGGGCCUGUUUCUUUAACCUGGGCGUGGAGCACACAAAACCAAAGAUAGUUGCUGCUGCUUCUAACUGAGCUGAGAUACACAGAUGAAAAUAUUGUAGUGCACCAACAGACAUGGUGUUGGUAUAGAGUUAAACAUCAAUUUUGCCAUAAAAUGUACAGUAAGUUACUUUAAUGACUAUUUCUUUAUGUAUCUUGUAGUUUUGCUGUAAUUUGUGACUGUCCCAGGAAUGUCGUUGACACCUGACUCUUUACUUAACCUUGGGCAGGCUCAGACGAAACCUGCAGAAAAUUGCAUCAUUGGUGGAAAAAUUGCAUGUAAUGAGAGCAGUAAAUGAAGUAUGUGUAUUACUAACAAUUCUAAAAUGGCCAUUGGUGUUAUGGAAACAAAGGAAAUUACUUAUCGGCAAAGAUUCAAGUCAUGCAGCCUUAGGCACAAAUAUAUGUAUGUAUGACCAGCCCCCCACACACUUAUAAUAUAUACAUGUAUAUGAAUGGGUACAUUUUGUUAAAGGUCGCUCACGGAUUUCAAAGAUGAAGCUUUUUAUUCUAUAUUUUAACGUGUCUUUAAAGAACCUGAUAACCCUUUCUGUUGCCUUAACAGCCACCAACAUACUGACUUGCCAUCACUUGCGAGGGAACACCGUCUUAAAAAAAUCAAAUAAACUAACCUAACCUAACCUAACCUCUAUACACCUAAACAGUCACACAUCGUUUAUAAAUCAUAUGGCAGCCUAUCCCGACACCCACUCCUGACCCUCCUCAUCAUCACCAUCAAGUUAGAGCCAUUUUUUCAUUUCAGAUUACGAGGGUCAUUAUUACUAUCCACACCAGUCACUAGGACACUGGUAAACGUGGUAAAGGUCGGACUAUUUGAAUUUCGUGAGUGAGCCUUAACAGAAUCGUGCCUGUGAUUAUUUUCCUUUCGUUUGAGAUGCUUCCUGGCGCCGUGCCCAGUGUGGCGAGUAGUGUGUGCCAGCCAGGCCUCACUGUAGUCUUGUAUGUACCAUGCUUGCUUCACACUAUGCUCUCAUUGUCCCAAGGCUUGAAGGACUCCAAGGGGGACGGUUCUUGCUGUAAAUACUGUGAACGGGAUGUGGGUGGAAAAUGGCUUGACUACCCAGAAGAGGUUGCAGGUCGUUGUGGAAAAUGUUCGCCUGUUUGCAAAACCGUUAUAUCUCGGGCUAUGGGUGUAUGGCUUGUCUGGAGUUAUGUUAUUCUGAUUCAUGAUUGCUGCAACAGUAACAAGUGUGUGUGUGUGUGUGUGUGUGUGUGUGUCAGCUCUGGAGGUGAAGAUUUUGCUCUGGUGAAUGUGUUUGUGUGUGUGUGUGACUAUGUGUGUAUAUUUUCAGUAUUAUCAAGAUUUGUAUACUUCAUUUAUGUGUGAUAGUUCAGUGACUGCAAACACCAGAAGCUAUGUAUGCAUGUGUAUAUAUAUAUAUAUGUAUGUAUGUGUGUGAGUGGUGUGUGCAUGGGUGUAUGUAUAUAUUUGAGAAGGUGGGCAAGCAGACUGUCAUUGGUGUGUUGGGAGCUGCUGGGGAAAGAAACAGGUCCUUGACUGUGCAUAUAUGUAUGACAACGUGUAUAUAUUUGUUGGGAGAUGAUAGUUAUUGUACAUAUACUAUUUUUCAGUAACGAGGGAUUGCCAUAACAAUGCCUCAAGCCGUGACUGAGAAGGUAGUGUCCUAUACCCAGUCUGGGGGUGAUUCCUCAUGUUCCUCAAAAGGUCUGUCUUAGCAGUUGUCUGUCUGGCUGCCGACACUGUUGUGUGACAAUAGUCUGGUCGUCUUGAGGAUGCCUGUGAUGCGGUGAUGAGUGUGCGAGAUAGUGCACGGAUGAGUCAGAAUGAAGCCGAGUGAGUGAGUGAGUGGGAGAGAAAUAAAUCAUUGUAAUCAGAUGUAACGGCAACUGUGUAGGAAGGUGUGUUGUUGCUGUAGUGAUGUCCAAACCCUCCAGAUGGCUAUAUAUUAACCCAACCCACCUCUCAUGUAUUUUGCAGAGUAAUUAAUGUUAGGUCUUUGAUGUUCUAGCUCAUUAUCAUGUUUUAUCAGUACUCAUGCUGUUGCUGUUUCAAUAUAAUAAUCUUGUAGCAUCUUUCAGAGGUGUAAAUUUGGGGAUGCUGACCCAACUAAUGUGAUAUAAUGUAGAAUGAAUAUAGGUCUAUCUUUAUUUUCAUCAUUACUAUUAUUACUAUUAUUAUCAUUAUUUUUUUCUAGGGAUUUCUUGCGUCCUUGGUAAGAAUUGGAAACUCAUGGUCUUGUGGUGUUAAAAAGGAGAUACGAUGAAUUUCAACUCCUAGUGUGCUAGUCAUUUGCUUUGCUCAACAGGCCAUAUGAGGUAAGAAAUAUACUCUCCAUAGAUAUAGUUACACACAUGUUGGUAUUAUAAGACACUUUUACUUCUCCCAUCAGCUAUUUCUAAAGGCCAAACAGAGUGCCAGUCGGGUUCUAAUGAGGGUUUCUUGAGGUUCACGGUACAGAAGAAGGGUCAGACUACCACCAGGGUCAUAAAACUACUGGAAAUGCCCACAACUCCUACGAAAGCCUUGUCAAAUAUGUGUUCUUGGGCAGUGAAAUGUCUUAUAAUACGACUCACAGACACACACACACACACACACACACACACACACACACACACACACACACAAACAAUGUAUUAUAUAGAGAUAGUUAUAAUCUUUACAAUGUUGAGGAGAUUUCACCCAACAAAAGUAUAUAAGGCGUAUGAACACUUCACUAGAGUUGUGUGCAUCUGAAAUUAUUAAGUUUCCUAUAAUUUAAGAGUAUUCCAUUCACACAGAUCUAUUUUUUUAAUCAUAACUAAACUCUGGAAAUCUAUUUUUUAUUUUCAUAUAGUUCUAUCUUGUUUUUUGCACAUGUUAUGGUAAAGAAAACACUUGCCUUCCAAAGGUUCUCUAUAUAGUACACAAAUGUAUUCUUUAUCCUGAGUUUCCUCGCUCUUCCGUCACACAAUGUUUCUGGGUGGGACACACAGUGAGGACAGACACAUUGAGACUAAGGGACACCAGACCAAAGCUGUAGAUAAGGUUCAUACACUAGGCAGAGGGGUCACGCACUCCACCACGGGACAGGCUUUCCGGCACACCACAGUCACACCCUACCAAGUGUUUCUUUACAUUCUCCUCCUCUCAACAUGAUCAGGACCAUAGUUAGACCAGAGGCUUGCUGGGUCAGACAUUGAGAGAUGCAAAUUCAUGGUUAUUUCCAAGUGUACCACCAAGAUCAGUCACUUUUCCAUUGUAUUUAUGUUUGAAAUUGGUUUUCCUUAAUAGCGAACGUGUGAGAUGUUUUCAGCAGGGUGGCAGAGCUGAGGUGCAGGGGUGUGAUGCUGAGACCUAGUGGCAACAGUGGUUUUAGCAGCUUGAAGAUUUCCGACAGAGGUUCUUUUCCUUGCAGUGGAACCCUAGAAUGAUGAACUUGCACUAAUACAAUCUAAAGCAAUAGUUGAAGUUUAUUCCUGUCCAUAUAUGCUCAAGUCCCAUUCCCAUGCAGCCAUAAUACCCUUUCCAAAGUCUAUGUUAAAAAUGUCUUCCCUGUUGUACCAUUUGUGAGUAUUGUUAUUAGGAAAACCUUCAAUAUGUCUGCACUUAGUUCCUAUCUCCAUCUAAGCAUUGUGCAGCCUGAAGAUAUUGACACAGACUAGAGUACUGUUCACAUUUACUCCAAUAUGAAGGUUCCACUGCAGUACUGUUUGCAUAUGUCUCUAUACUCUAUUGUUGCUUUCCAUGGAAGGUAAGGAAUUGAUGUUUUCUGUUAAUGUUACCCCGUGCACCUCGGCUCUAAGCGUGCACCUGCCAUUGUAUUUUAGUAUGUUAUGCAGAACUCAGGGUGUUAGUAAACCGAAUGAAUGAGUCAAGGUUUUUGUGUAGCAGAUGCUUCCCCUAAGAAUGACAAUGAAAAGAGGAUGAAAUUGCUGUAUUGUUAGCCACUCGUAACACUCUUGUAACAUUUGCUCACAUUGCCAGCUGUUAACUUGUCUUAAUUUAACCAAAAAUGCCAUGAAAUCAACAAUGCCUCGCACCACCAUAAUGGACUCAUUCCUGUUGGACUUGGGCCCACUGAGAAACUCGCUGCCUUCCCACGAUGGACUGUAGAAACCUCUGUGUUGAUUUGUUGAUGUCCAUUUGUGGCAAUAAUUUAGUAUUGACAAUUAUCAGUCGAGUGCCCUGGCUGUACUGUACUGGCUUGUGGUGCUGUCAGUGAAGAGAGUAUGUCAUAUUGAGUAUUAUGUUAUCCAGUAUUAGCACGUUCUGUCUUCUCUAAAGAAACAACACAGCUGACUCUUGUGCAGGAAGGGAAGGAGGCUGUUGCCCCUCAGAGCUCAUUACCAGGCCUGUUUAGAACUUGCUCCUCACCUCCUGACAUGUAAGCUCCAGACAUCAGGCCACUAAGGUCCUGUUUUACUAUUACAGGGUCAAGGUAAAUUGUUUCUUGCUUGGUAGACAGAUUACAGAUUGCCUGUAUGCUCAUUCGAAUCUCAGACCUUCUGGUAGUAAUCUAGGGAUUCUGCUCUACGUGUAUUUCAGCAUUCAGCAGAAAUGUACUGGCUUGAUCCUGGUGGGCAGCAAUGUGUGAUGUAACUAUGCAGUGAAGCACUUUAAAAAGGCCUCAUUUCUGGUUUUAAAAAAUUCACUGCAAGUAUACUACUGCACAACCAUGAAAGUCAGCCUUCAGGAAUACCAGGCAACCCACAUCAUCAAGUUGUUAUCAACAUUAUAUGUGGAGCAUCAGACUUGCCUCACUGAAUACUCAUUUUGUUGACUGUACAUACUCUGUUCUGUGACACUUAAGAACAUAUUUGAUAGAUUUGUCAUCCCACUACAGUGGUGUAAACUUGGUCAGGGCGCUGCUCUAAAUCUGUCUGAAACUCUCCCAAGCACUAGACUUGUAGCUGUGUCCUGACAGUGAGCACAAGCACUAUCGAGCAGGGGUGUCUGUGUUUUGGUUCCCUUGAUAAAGCCUGUGUCUCCUAUUUACAUCUCCGGGUGUUCUGUGCUUGGUGACAAGAGGCUUCCUUGUGGUCCAUUAUGGUGGGGCUGGAUUGUUUGUUUUGUCCAACAUUCACAAAUUGACUUAGUGAUGCCUGUAAGGUUAUCAAGCAUUAUCGAGAAUGCAUCCAUCCAUAAAUAUAUUCAUAUAUACAGAACUUUAUUUACAUACAUAUAAUGCUUGAAAACAAGUGAAUUGGGAAACUACAUUGACUAAAUAUCAGGUAGCACAGCCUUACUUCUGAUUGUAGAUAUGUAUCCUUAAUAAGGAGCUAAUAUAAUGAGAUUUAACUCUGGUCUUGUAUGCUUUCAACUUUCCAUAUCUUACAGCCUGUCUGGAUAAGAAAUGUGGUGUGCGUGUGUGUGUGUGUGUGUGUGUGUGUGUGUGUAUAUAAUAGUAUGGCACUGAAAUUACUUUUCCUUGUGAUUUACUUGAUAUUCCUCAGUUAUUUUUAUAGUUAGGGGCAUAGAUGGAAGGUAACUACAUACUUGCAGUGUGCUAGCACGCUAUACAAACAAGUUUUCAUGUCGUAAUACAUCAAUAACUGAACAAUGAUAUAUAUAUUCAAGAAGCUGGAACAUGUACUGUAUAAAGUAAUUGUUUUGUACAGUAUUCAAGUGUGAAAUAUGAGUUCAAUAAGUGCAGGAAAAUUCUUAAUAUUUCCCCAAAGUCACCAUUGCAAGCUUAGUGCAAGUCAUACCAUCAGAGGCGGGUUUCUUAAGUUGAUCCUCCGCACUGAAGGAGGUGUUUUGGCAGCCGUUUUGGCAGAUAGUGGCAGCCCUCAGUGGGCCGGCCAGUGUGGCGUGACGUGUGUGUACCAAUUACUGGCUUGUGCCACGGAGCAGCAAGGUGGGACUUCACAUGUAUGACUUUGUUUAUCUUCACUUUUGAAAGCAAUAGUUUUAUGCACUGAGUUAUUUAUAUCCUAUACUUGUGUUGUAUUUUAUUUUGUUAUCCACUACUAUAUAGUUUGCAUAGUUUUGGGCAGAGAUCUAUGUUCUGUGUACAUACUAGGCUCAAGGUGUGCAGGUAAUGCUGUGUCUGCCAGGGGGUCUGGGGGCAGCCUCCAGACUCCCUGGCAGCCGCUGCAGUGGAGUAUACUUAUUAGGUCCAACUGAACAUUGGUGAUGUAGGUGAUAAUGCGGCUUACGUCAAUAAGGCUUGUGAUUAAACUUUCUUACUUCACUAGUCAUUAGAACAGCACACAAAAUCAUUGACUUUUUAUUAAUACAGUAUUUACUGGGGAUGGAAGUAUAUUGAUCAUAUUUUCUUUAAUAUGCCAUAACUGGUUGGUGAAUAAUAAAUAUUUAGAUGAGACUACCAAUCUAGUUUGAAGACCAUUUAGGCUUAGUAAAUGUAAGGAAAUAUUGCAGAUACAUUCAUCAAAGUAUAUGUCGCUAUUUGACAUGGAUUUUUUUUUUUUUUUUUUUUUUUUUUUUUUUUACCCCCCAAUAUCGCCAUUGAAGAAAAGGUGCAUAAAAGUGUUAAGGAGGCACAAAAAAUUACCUUUAAAAGUUGGCAGUAACUUGGACACUGAAAGUUGCCAAUACCUGAUGCAAAUAGUACUCCGUAAUUGAUAAUAUUGCUGCUACUGUUAUCAAUUCAUUUUUUAUUAUUAUUAUUAUUAUUAUUAUUAUUAUUAUUAUUAUUAUUAUUAUUAUUAUUAUUAUUAUUAUUAUUGUGGAGCUUUAAAUCAUUGUCGUAAAUUCAGUAUCAGGGCAGUCUUACGUUCCUUUUCUUUGGCAGUUAUCAAAGACUCCUUGCAUUUGGACAAAGGAAACGUGCUUGAGAAAUCCCAUCCGCUUUCUAACACAGUCAUCCCUGAGAUUCACAAAACUGACACUCGCUUCUGGCCACUCGUUCUGCACUCUUUACACUGGAACAGAGCUUGACGGACUUUUGUUUUUCUAUUUUUUAUGCCCUUGAGCUGUUUCCAUUCCUGUAAAAUAAAGUCUCGCUCAAACCUGUGAAAUCUGUGAAUAAUCUGAGCCCGUCCCAAUGAAUCUAAUAGUAAGUGACCCAAUAUUGGUAUUUGAAAACCACUUUAAAUAUCAAAGUGUGACCUGCCCUAACCAGUGAAAUCUGUGAAUAAUCAGUACCCAGCCCAGUGAAGCUAAUAAUACGACAUCAAAAUGACCUGAAACCAAUAUUUGCUACUUGAAAACACCAACUAUACCAACCAAGGAGAGUACCACUUAGCUCUCAAUUCCCAACCCAUUGAAUUUAGUGAUAAGUAACCUCAGAAAUAUCCAGGAACUCAUUUUUUGUACCUAAAAGCACCAUAAACAUAAUCAAAAGCAUUGCACUGUAUUCUGAUUUAGGAGUUACAUUUGUGGGAUAUCCAAGAACCACUAAUACCAAUACUCAUAACCCAUUCAACCCCAUAAGGAAGAAUAAACAGUUGAUGAAUAGAAGAAUACUAAUACUAAUGGUCAAGGGUUAGCCUGUGAAAGUAAGGGGAUGACUGUCUUAAAUUCACAUACAGACGAAAACCUCAUUACCAUCACCAAAGCAGGAGAGGAAACGAUAAGUCCAAAUGCAUACUAGGAGUCAUAGUGGUCAAUUUCACCUUGUUUUUUUAAUAUCUUCGUAGCUUAGCAUCAGCAAUACGUAGAGUUGGAUGUAACGCCAGGCAGUGUUGAUGGUUUCUCGAGUUUAUGAUGUGUACGUAAUUAUGUCUUUUUAUACGGUCUAAGUCCUUGCAUCUGGGCCCAAGGGGAGGAAGAGGAGUGGCUAUAAGAAUGCAUAGAUUUUCAUAACUUACCAUCUUGUUUCUAUGUUAAUUUCCUUACAAGUGGAAGAAAAAUAUAUUCCGAGUCACAGUUGCCAUAUUUGCCUCUGUUCUUGGAUUAUGAGGUUGGAUACACCAGCAGUGGCAUAUUUAGAUGUGUAAAUGCCAUGUUAAGUUUCAAAGCUGCAUCUGGUCACUCCCUCUCUGUAAUAAGCAAGUGUUUCAGGUGUACGAGGACUUGGCUGUAUGCUAUGUAAUUCACUGAUGCCCGAAUGAUGAACUAUCUAUCAAUAUAAAGUUAGUAUCAAACUGAUUUCAUUGUGAUGUAUGUUCUGUUAUUUCAGGAGUUUGACUCUCGGUGUUUAGCCAUCGGAUAGAAUUUCAUGAAUGAUUAGGCUUUGUAGAUAAAGAUGAAAGGGAAAUUAUAUUUUAUUAAACAAAUUGUUAAAUCUGUUUUAGCCACCCAAGUGUGCAAAGUGUUGUCACACAUGAGGCCUGCAGGAGGUGGCAGCCGAGGUGCUAGUGUUGUGUGUGUGUCUGGCAGGCCACAAGUUUGUGCCCGGCACAUGGCGGCCCCCUCCCAUGGGGAGCAGCAUUUCCUCAGAGCCAGGCCACAGGUGUGUCUUGUUGCCGGCCUUGAGGUCAUGCACCCAUCUGUUAUCUAGUUUGUGUAAACCCCAAAAAUCAUGUUCGUAAAUAAGCUUGAUGUACGUCACCUUCAGGAAGGUAAAAUCUGUAUACAUUCCCCACUUUAUAAGGAAAAGAAAACACAGGAGAUUAUGACAUAAGAUUUAUUUUGCAGCACAGAGCCUUUGUUGGUGAGCCAAAGAAAAGAUAAAUUGAAGCUGUUCUCUGAGUAGAGCCAUGCCUGGUGCAAAUCAUUGAGGCCUUGACAGUCACAAUGUCUCAAGACAAAUCUUAGCAUUAUGUAGUUUGUGAUAAUUACUUUUAAAACGUGAUUAAGGAUAGUAUAUUUUGGGAUCCCGGUACUGAGGAUUAUUUUGGGUUAGGGCUCAAAAGUUUAAAAGGUUUGGAUUCUAAUGAUAUUCAUCUGUAUAGGUUCAAGUAUAUCCACAUUUCUUGGUGUCCUCUAACAAUGUUUUGCUGGGCAGACCCAUGUGUGUGUGUGUGUGUGUGUGUGUAUAUUGUGUGUGUGUGUGUGUGUGUGUGUGUGUGUGUGUGUGUUGGGGUGGAGUGCUGUGAAAGGUAGAGAGGAAGAACUCUUGAAGCAAGCUCACCUAUGUGAUGGUCAUACUUACCUGUAGUAUGAUAUGUGCCCCUCUGUGAUGGUCCUUCACAUCAGCUGUCUGGUGUUGUCAUGUGCUUUACUCGGCUGGACGCGUAACAGAGGCCAAGGGUUUCCUGCGCUGGUUUCUCACAGCCUAAGGGUCAAGGCAGUCCAACACAGUCAAUGUAACUGCCCACAGCAAAUUAUAGUCGCCAUAGGUCAUUUUUUUGACUCAACACGCAGUGCUAUAGAGAUUUUGUACUUAGUUUUCUUGAUUUCUUAGUUCCUUUGUCAAUAUUGAACACUGUGAGGAAUUUUCAAUCUAGCGUUUCUUCUCAUUAAGCGACAUUAAAGAGAUUGAUUUCCUGUGUGGCUUAUUCAUAUUUCUUUACUUUUCUAUCAAUGGCAACACAAUACAAGGAAAUUUCAGUAUUUAGUGGUAUUUUUUCUUCAUUAUGCAUUACUAAAGAGAUUUCAUGGAUGGUUUACUUUAAUUUCUUAGCUUUUCUGUCAAUGCCAAACACUAUACAAGGAAUUUUCAGCGUCUAGUGUAAGUUUUUUCUUCUUGAGACUCGAUACUAAAGAUAUUUCCUUCGUCGUUUCCUCAAAUUUCUUACCUACAAUUAUUAUGAAUCCUAAACACUAUACAAGGAAUUUUCAGUCUCGUGUUAAUUUUUCUUUUCAACCAUCACUGUUAAAGAGAUUUCCUUCGUCAAGCCAAAUUUAUUACCUUCUAAAGUGAAUCCCAAACACCAUACAAGGAAUUUUCAGUCUUGUUUUAGUUUUUUCUUCUGAACACUCAAUACUAAAAAGAUUUCUUCGUCAAGUCAAAUUUAUUAUCUUCAAAAGUGAAUCCCAAACACUAUACAAGGAAAUCUCAGUCUCGUGUUUGCUUAGGGUCUUACGAACUUGCCGUGUUGGACUGCCUUGCCCUCGAGACCACAGACUUCCCAGGGGAGACUGAUGCACUACUUUGCCAAGGCAUUCCAUAUCUUCUACCUUGAAUAUUUUGAUUAGCAAAAAUUGUUUUGUAGUCUAUAUAAAAAAGGUUAUGUAAUCUUACGAAAGCGAGGGACUUGUGUGCUUUUGAUUGAAACUACUACUAUUACUACUAUAUCAAACUCUUAAUGAGAAGUUUAUUGUCUUCCUGUUGAAUUAGUCUCAUGAAUUAAUUAUUAGUCCUUGAUGGUAACUGUGGCUCUCCCUGCUGAAGUGAGAUAAGUGACAUGGGGGCGAUCUUGUGAUAUUGCCUCACAUCGACCAGCUAUUCAGGAGGCAUUCUGAGGCAACUUUUCCAACUUAAAAUUCAGAGUUAUAACAUUACGGUCAAUUAUUUUCAUUCGUAUUCCUAAGCUAAGCAAUUAUCAGCCUCUUGCAGACUCCUUACGUUCUUAUGUUCUUACGUUAACUUCAAUCUCAGUUUUCUUACGCAUGUUGCUUGCCUCAAAUUCAUUAGGGAACGCCACAAUUAUUACGACCUGUGUGUUAGCCUUAGCAAGCAUAGCAGCAAAGCUUUUCACAACAUCGGAAAGAGAGGGAGAGAGAGAGAGGGAGAUUAACGUUGAAAAUUUACCACUACAUAUGUUGACUUAUUAAAUCAUUUUGGAGUAGCGUUGUUAGGGGCACGCAUCCUCACCAGUCUUGUGCACUAGCCUCUUGGAAUCAUUGUGUAUGUGAAUAAUAUGUUAUAUAUCUGUAAAUAAAUGGCAUAAGAUUAA